GUAGCUUCCACAGCUCCAAUCCAGCUGUAAUUUUCUGUGACUAAUGAGCGUAAAGGACGUACACUAAUACGUUAUACUUCUGUUAUGACUUUUUGUUUUAUUCAAGAGUUUCUUUGACAAGAAUCAGCACAUUUUUUCUCUCCCACAGGAAAACACCCGAGGGUUUCGUGGAAGGUCACGUCCUGUGUCUCAGCGGCGCUACGUGCAAUUUUGUUUUUCAGUCCGAGAGAACAGAAGAAAAGGGAAAACGAAACCUACGGGAGAGGAACGCGCCUGGCAGCACCUGACGUUACAGCCCACACCGCCCACACACUGCUCGGAGGCACUUCCUCUGUUUACUUCCUUCUAAACACAGUCCGAUCCUCUCAGUCAGUCAGACAGUCAUGCAGACGUCUGGUGCGGACACGCGAUGGAGAGACGACAGCCCCAUUGAGCGCCUGACCCAAAGAUCACGGCAAAGUGAGCGACACCAGUCAAGAAUCAACAUGGAUUACAAAUAUGAUACUGGAAUAGAACUGCUGUUGGCCCACAUGAACAUAGAGGACAUCAUCAACGCCGCGGAGACUCUGUAUCAGCUGGAAGAGGAGGAAGGAGGCUCAUCAUUCGAAGAGGAGGGUCUCUCUCAGGAGGAGAUGGACGAGAUCGAGGAGGCAGGGGACUCGGCGGGCCCGGGGACUCCGCAGAAGGACUACGUCAACGGUGGCGUUCAGUACGGGACGGUGACAGACCUCCUGUCCUUUGUCAACCUGCUGUCCAGCAUGCAGGCAGCAGCCCUGCAGCACCUGCCCCAGGAGAUGGGGGUCCUGCUGAACAAGAAGUACAUGUUUGUGAAGAAUGGCCGGUACCAGAUCAACAUGGACGUGCUCCUGUUUCCCUGGAAAUUGACCUACAAGAAUCACGGCUCUGGCCUCGUGCCCAAGGGCUCAUUUGGGAAAGUCCACUUGGCUCAGGACACCACCACCAGGAAAAGAAUGGCCUGCAAACUGAUCCCCAUGGAGAACUUCAAAGCAGCCGACGUGGAAUUCCAGGCACGGUUCCGUCACGAGAACAUCGCUGAGCUGUACGGCGCUCUGCUCUUCAACCAGAACGUCCACCUGUUCAUGGAGGCCGGAGAGGGCGGCUCGGUCCUGGAGAAGCUGGACAGCUGUGGGCCCAUGAGGGAAUUUGAGAUCAUCUGGGUGACCAAGCAAGUCCUGCGGGGGCUGGAGUACCUGCACUCCCACAAUGUCAUCCACCACGACAUCAAACCCAGCAACAUUGUGCUGAUGUCAGACAAAGCAGUCCUGGUGGAUUUUGGCCUGACGGUGCAGAUGACAGAGGACGUGUACACUCCUAGAGACCUGAGAGGAACAGAGAUGUAUAUGAGCCCAGAGCUGGUUCUGUGUCGAGGACAUGACACCAAGACGGACAUCUACAGCUUGGGGACCACAAUCAUUCACAUGCAGACUGGGAGCCCUCCAUGGGUCCGCAGAUACCCACGCACUGCCUACCCAUCUUAUCUCUACAUUAUCCACAAGCAAGCCCCCCCUCUGGAAGACAUUGCGGAGGACUGCAGCCCCGACAUGCGCUCCUUUCUGGAACGAGCCCUGGAGAGGAACCCUGCUCUGCGGAGCUCGGCGUCCGAGCUGCUGAAGGACGAGGCCAUCAACCCGUCAAGGGAGGAUCAGCCACGCUGCUGGAGCCUCGACUCGGCCCUGGAGGAGGUCACCAACACCAUGCUGCGACAGCAGAGCCAGCACCACGACACCAUACAGGAAUCUUCUCUGUACUCUGAGGACUCUGGACACACGAAGAGGAAGGGCUCCUUGUACAUUGACCUGGGGGCUUUGUCGGGUUACUGUAAACUGGUAACAGGCCCCCCUGCUUCAGAAUAUGGCUAGCACCGGACCAAAGCUUAACAUUCUUGUGGCUGAGCUAAAGUUGAAGCCACCUCAUACUUCUUAAGCUUCAGAGUACGGCCCAUUGUUCACUGUUGGAGGACUGUUGAAGAGAUCCGAGAGGUGGACAGCUGGAGGCCACAUGGCUCACUUGUUUACAAGUUUGUAAAUGGAAUUAGCUCAACUUUAAAUGGACUAAUGGGACUCAACUCUGCAGGACAGUGGUGGGAAGAGCUGCAUUAAGUUUCAGCUAUUUGGUAUAAUUUCCCAGAGCUCCCUGUGGGGCUCUUGUUCAUGCAAAUCAAACAUGUAGUUUUUUCUUUUCCUCAUGAAACUGUGUCUAGCAGACUGUACAAAUAAGUUCUUUCAUCACUAAAAUAUGUAAGCUAUCUGUUA